GCUGACUGGAGGCCACACCCUGCUUAAGCUCCUAGCAAGCUCUGCUGUGCUGAAAUUUGCACGCAGCUGUUGCGACGUGCGUAGAAACUGUGUCACCCUCUCCGUUAUAUUAGAGUGGGGGUGAAUGAGACAGACAUGAAUGGUGGUUUUUACUUUUUAAAUUUUAAGAUAUUUAGUAGUGAAUGAGCUGGGCUAAUACUCGGAAGCUAUGGAGCUGGAAAGAGUUAUCCUAGUGAGCCAGUGUUUUUCCUAUAUUCUUUCUGUGCUAGGAGGCUUACUGGUGGUCAUACCUCUGGCUCUGAAUGGGAGCCAUUUCAAAGGGAGAUGUCUGCUAUUCACACAGGGAUUCUGGAAGCAGGAAAAUGGAACAGGGGCUGAUGAGAUUAAUUCUAGCAUGGAAGAUUCCAUAGCAUCUCCCAGACUGGUGGUACAACAGUGGGGUCCGUUAGCUGCCUGCCAGUUUACCACCUUUGUUGCUGUCUUUACUGUGCUGUUUGGAGCCGUACAAACCUGGAGGAGCCUGUUCUACCUACAUAAGGGGCACGAUGACACAUUUUUCUCUGCCUUCCUCACUUUACUACUCAGCAUCUCUUUUUUUGUCCUCGCUGUUGUGGCCAGCAUGUUGGUGACUAUUGGUUUUCAGUCCUGGUGCAGGACUGUCACUGACCAAGGAGGCUUGCUCAUAAGCCACAGUUGUGAAGAUGCUCAGUAUACCAACCUGCAGCUAGAUGUGGACACCUCAGCAUUUUACACACAGUUUGGAAUUGCACAGUUUGGCCUCUGGUGCAUCAGUGUACUGUGGAUUUCCCUAGCCAUCCUUUCAUUUCUGAAGGUUUAUCGAAAUUACAAGCAUCAGGAACUAGGGCAUUGCCUUGCCAGGGAAAAAGAAUUGCUGCUGGAUCGAUCAUGUCGAACUCGGGUCUCUUCACCACAGAAACAACAACAAGAAGAAGAGCAGAGACGAGCCCCCAGUGUUUUUAUCUGAAAUGGCAUGCACCUCACAAAACAGCUCCUUUAAUGACUUCUAUGAAUCUUGUAUUACAAACUUUCUUUAAUGAUUUGAUAUCCUCUUAAAUAAUUUAUUUUACAUAGCAACUUUUUAUUGUGACUCUUAUCCUAGGUCUCUUUACAAGAACACAGCUGCACUACAACUGUUUCUAUAUUAUUUUUUGUUUACAGUUUUAGCACUGGCAGGUAAGGUGACUCAGGGUCACCAUGUAAAUCAAUGGCAGAUGCUGAUCCAAUACCUUUGUGUACAUGACAAUGAAUGUGUUAUAGUAAAAUGUGCAAGGUACAGACAAUUAUGGAAGUAUUUUCAUCUGCAGUAAUUGUUUGUACCAUUGACCUCGCAAGGUGUUAGCAAACAAGCAUCAGUACAUACUAUUUAAACAGCUAUUUUAAACUGACUCAGUUAAUCUUCCUAGUCUUGGCAACUGCUUUAAUUGCACACAGAUCCUAAUCAUGAUAUAAAUAUAGUACUUUAAGUUCAUUAACUGGCUGUAAUUACAGUCUUAAUCAGACAAUUCUAUAGGCCAUGUCAUUUUCUGGAGAUCUCAGCAUGGCAUGUCAGUAGUACAGAAGGGCAGGACAGGAGUUUAUUUUUGCUUAGAAGAUAUUUUAUUAAAUGGGAUAAUGAAAGGAAACACAUUUUUCUAAAAUUUCAAGGUAAUUAUUACUCUCUUAAUAGAGUUGUAUAAGGCAUCAUAGUGAUUUGCUAGCUGCGGGAUUCUGAAAAGCUCUAGAAGAGUGUCCUCCAUUGCUUCUAAUGGACUCUCUGCACCACAUCUCUUCCUAUAUGUAAUAACAGUGGAAGCUCAAAUGACAUGUAAAUUAGGUAAUUCAUUAGUUUAUUUCCUUACUGUGAAAUCUAUGUUGAAGGUAGUUAUUGUGGUUCAACUAACUGUGCCAUGUAAUAAUGUACAUGUAGUGGAAGCAAAAUCAUAUUCUUUCUGCUUUACCUGGAAAAGUAACUCCACAGUUACUGUUGUCCCCAUCACUUCACUGGUCCCAUUACUACUGACGUCACUCAUAAAUACAAUUGAAAUUUGACAAACAAGAGGAGACAAUUCAGUCCAUCAAGCACGUUUGUUUGGCUAAUAGCUAAGCUGUCCCAAUAUCUCAUCCUAAAACGAACAACAAGUUCACGAUAUCGGUUUAUAUAAUUAUAAUACUUUUUCAGAUCUUCAAAUGUGAAAGUUUUAAUGUUAUUGCUUAACUCCUUAAAUUAUAAAGAGUUUUUAUUGUGUUUUAAAAGCAGAAUACCAAAUAAUAAUAGGUUUGGUGGAAGGAUAUGAAAAUUUCGCUUUUUGCUUAUUUUCAGAUGCAGACAAAAUGAAGAAGGACCUAGAAUCUAAAUACAGAAACAGAGUCAGUUCUCUUUAUUAUUGAUUAUUAUUGAUGGUAUGUCUUUUUGUUUUGAUGGCUAAACUGGCAGUCUGUAACACUGUAUCAGAGGAUACCUUCAGAAUUCUGUGUCUGAAUAAGGAGUAGGAAAGUGUUUCUGGGAUGGUGGCUGUGGUGAUGUGGUCAACUGUGUAAACUGCUGUGACCCACCCACCUGAUGAACACUGCUAAUAAUUUCACAAAGCUAUUUAUAGUAACAAUUAUGGCAUUUUCUGUUGUUAACCCCUAAGUCCUUUUCAUGGCUAAUGCCUCCUCAUGGCAAUGUAGUAAUAGGCAUUCAUUAACUUAAAAAAUUAUUAUUACAUUUCUAUUUUUGAAAAAGACUAUCUAAAAUUAAAAAAGAUCCUUGAAUGGAGAAAUUGAUAGACCUCAAACUAUAUUUUUUUAAUUAAAAUCGAUCUUGGAUAUUUAUACAAUGAAAAAGUAUAAGGACAUGGAAAAAGGCUGAAUGUUCUUCAGUUACUGAAUGUUUAUUAUUGCAUUCAUUCUUUACUAAUAUUAAAAUUCUUAGCUUUUCCACUUUAGCAAUGAAUACAUGGAUAACUAAUAUGUAUCAAAUACUUAGCAAAGUCAAAAUAGCCAUUUCAGGAGGUCAUGUAAGAAACAGAAAAUAAUAAAAGUUUUUGUUUUUUUUAGAUUUUAGUCAAAAAUCUCAGUCAGUUUAGAUCUUCAUCUGAAUGGAAUCGGGAAUUCAGAAAUCCUAGCAUCGUGCCUACCAAGCAUUAUGCAGAGAAAGGUGGAAUAUUUUCUUUUCUAAAGUAAACACUGUCUGGUAACUUAAAAAAAAUUGUGGAAUUUAAGUUUUCUGAUUUUCACCUAAAAAUAAACCUUGCACAAAAUCCAGCAUUUAAUAUAAUUAAGUAUUUGUCUGUUCCAAUUGAAUUAAUAAUAAUAAAUUCAUUUUCAAAUAAAGCACUGUGUAUACAAAUAUUUUUAAUUGA